GUGACGUCAAUUCGGUUAUCUGAUCCACGGACGCAUGCUAACGUUAAUGUGUUUGCGAAAUUAGUUAACCUUAUUGAAAAUGCAGUCUUCAGAAUUGUUUGGAAUUUGUUCUCAAGGCCUUCUUCUACGUCUACGCGCUAAGACAUGUCUGGUGAAGCCGUCCACCUUGGUGAAGCCGGUGUCGGUGACGAAGAUCCCCGGCCGUUACUUGGUCCACCAAGAAGGCCUGCCCAAGCUGCCGGUGCCGCCCCUGAGGCAGACAUGCGAGCGCUACCUGGCCAUGCUGGAGCCCAUCAUUAGCGAGGCGGAGAUGAGCCACACCCGCCAGCUGAUGGCAGAGUUCCAGCGUUCGGGGGGCGUGGGAGAGAGGCUGCAGAAGGGUCUUGAGUGCCGUGCCCGCAAGACGGAGAACUGGCUUUCGGACUGGUGGCUCCAAACGGCCUACCUGGACUCUCGGAUGCCCGUGGUGGUCCACUUGAGCCCUGGAGUGGUUUUCCCUCGCCUGGAGUUCCAUGAUCGACAGGGGCAGAUCAGAUAUGCUGCAAAACUGAUCGCAGGGGUCCUGGACUUCAAAACCAUGAUUGACAAUGAGACGUUACCUGUGGAGUACCUGGGAGGGAAGCCCCUCUGUAUGAACCAGUACUACCAGGUUCUGUCCUCCUGCCGUAUCCCUGGGCCCAAGAAAGACACGGUGGUCAACCAUGCCCUGGGAAAGAGACCACCCAGCCACAUUACUGUGGUGCACAACUUUCAGUUCUUUGUGCUGGAUGUGUAUAACAGUGAUGGCACACCUCUGACAAUAGACCAGCUCUACAUGCAGCUGGAGAAGAUCUGGAACUCCUCCCUCCAGACCAACAAGGAGCCAAUCGGAAUCCUCACUUCCCAGCACCGAAACACCUGGGAGAAAGCUUACAACACCCUCAUUAAGGAUAAGGUGAACAAGGAGUCUGUGCGGGCCAUCCAGAAGAGCAUCAUCACCGUGUGCCUGGAUGCGCCCAUGCCGCGGGUGUCGGACGAGCUCUACCGGAGCCGCACCGCCAUCCAGAUGCUGCACGGCGGGGGCAGCAGCUGGAACAGCGGGAACCGCUGGUUCGACAAGACCCUGCAAUUCAUUAUUGGAGAAGACGGGUCAUGUGGCCUUAUCUAUGAGCAUGCCCCUGCUGAAGGCCCACCUAUUGUGUCAUUGGUGGACCAUGUGGUCGAAUACACGAAGAAGUCGGAGAUGGUGCGCUCCCCCAUGGUGCCCCUGUCCAUGCCACAGAAGCUGCGCUUUAACAUCACCCCUGAGAUCAAGAAGGACAUCGAGAAGGCCAAGCAAAACAUGAAUAUAAUGGUGAAUGAUCUGGAUUAUAAGGUCUUUGUGUUUUCCAACUUUGGGAAAAACUUCCCCAAGUCGCAGAAGAUGAGCCCCGAUGCCUUCAUCCAGAUGGCUCUGCAGCUGGCCUAUUUCAGGACGUACCAGGCCUGCUGCUCCACGUCCGAGACCGCGUCUCUGCGGUUGUUCCGGCUCGGCCGCACCGACACCAUCCGCUCUGCCUCCAGCAGCUCGCUGCGCUUCACUCAGGCCAUGGACGACCCCUCCACACAGAACACAGAGAAGGUGGCAUUGUUGCGCAAGGCGGUACAAGCCCACAGAGCCUACACAGACAUGGCGAUCCGUGGCCAGGCCAUCGACCAGCACCUCCUGGGGCUGAGGAAGCAGGCCAUUGAGGACCUGACCUCCAUGCCCGAGAUCUUCAUGGACACGGCCUAUGCUGUCGCCAGGCAUUACAACCUCUCCACCAGUCAGGUUCCAGCUAAGACGGACUGCAUGAUGUGCUCUGGUCCAGCGGUUCCGGACGGGUACGGUGUGUACUACAACCCCAUGGAGGAACACAUCAACUUUUCUGUGUCGGCGUUCAACAGCUGCAAGGAGACUGAUGCCGCCAAGCUGGCUCAGGCCCUGCAGGGGGCGCUGCUGGACAUGAGGGAGCUCCUGGAGCAGACGCCCCAGGCCAAGCUGUGAGGGGGAGGAGAUGGAUGUACCAGGCCUGCUUCUCCACGUACUCCGUGGAACUUAGACAGGGGCCAGAUCAAGAACAAAAAAUUAUUUCUAAAAUCUAUUUGAUCAUUCAAUUGGUUUGUUACCAGAUUUCCCCUUCUUAUUUCUGAGGGUUUAAGAUGAAGGAAGUCUAAAGUUCUGGGUCUUCCUGAUAUAGCAUGAGAUUUAGGUCUCAAGUAAUAUGCUGUUGCUUUUUACAAAAACUGAUUUACUGCUAAUUCUGCGGAGUUCUCGGUUUCGCUCACAGGAAUAGACUAUUCUGAAAGCCUUUUUCUAAAUGAUGUUUGUAUAUGCUUCUUCAUGUUUAAUUUUUUUGUUUCCACACAAAUUAAAUCCACAAAUUUAAUCUAGCUGCCUGUAAUCAAGAAUACUCACUUCUACAUUUACUGUAUACAGAAUCACAUUAGAUGUUAUUCCAUGGAUUUCAUUUUUCCCUUGAAAAAUGCCUCUCAAAGAAAUAAAAU